AUGGCACAUUGUUUGGAAAAGGAUCCAUAUCACCCUGAUUCACCUGAGGAGAAUUCUGAGCAUCUGGACAAUCGCUUUGUAAAUCAACCUUGUUCUUCAAGUCACAUGAGCCUGGGAUUUGAUCCAGUGGUAGAUGAACUCAGCAAAAAAAGCCUACUCUAUCAGAGAAAAGUUAAAGAAAACAUUUUGAUGCCCAAUGCGCCAAAUUGGGACUCAAAAGGACAUUCAUUAGAUGAAACAUACCAAUUAUCUUUGAAUGAAAUUACCUUGGAAAGUCCAGAACUCUCCUGGCAGCACAAGAGGGAAGUACCAAUAAUUGGUUUCAAGCCUUCUGUGAUACCAACACCUCCAAAUAUCAAUAAAGAAAGCCCCCAGGGGAAUCCCAUAGGAAAAUAUGAUGGAGCUAAUGAUUACAGGUUCAGUAGUGUAGCUCCAUCAUUCACUAAUUUGGAUAAAAUUAAUUCACAGGGUGAAUUGGAGAAUGAAAAUCGUAACUACUGUAUAGGAUUUGAAAAUAGCAUUCUUCCUAUAUAUCCAUCCUGUUCAGCUGACCUUAUGCCAAAAGGAAAGAAUAAAAGGACUGACAGUAUGACCAUCACAGAACCUUCUCUAGCACUCCCUAAAGACUCUUUUCUACCCAGACUUUGGGAAAGUGCAUGGCCAAAGGAUACAGAGGCAAUAGGUUGUUCCAUUCAGCUUCUUGAAGUACCUCAAGGUAGUGAUAUAAAUCUGGCCUCCUUUUGUGAUAAAGUAAAAAAAAUAAGAGCCAUAUACCUUGCUGCUGACACCCGUUCUAACUCCGGGAGGAUCUGGAGUAUUAUUACAGCAUUUCCAUAUCAGCUCUUUUCCAACACUAAAUUUAAUAUAAAUAUUUUUAAUGGUAAUUCAACACAACCGCUUCAUCUUAUGCCAUAUGCUAAUUGUCUCGUCCAGGACUUAAUUGUAGAAAUCCUACAUUUUUAUGCAAAUGACCAGUUGUUCCCCAAAGAUCACCUUCUAAGUAUAUGUGGCUCUGAAGAAUUUUUACAGAAUGAUUACUCUUUGGGAAGCCACAAAAUGUUUCAGAAAGAUAAAACUGUUAUUCAAAUUCAUCUGCACAAAAAUAUUGAUGUUCCUGCAAAGUUAUCUAGAAAGCAUGACGAUGACCACAGUCAGUUUUAUCUGAACGAACUUCUAGAAUAUAUGCAUAUUUGGAAAGUAUCCAGGCAAUGCCUCUCAACAGUAAUAAAAAAAUAUGACCUCCACCUACAAUGCCUAUUGAAAACUCAGCAAAAUUUGGAUAAUGUUAUUGAAGAAGUGAAAAAUAUAUGCAGUGUUCUUGGGUAUGUGGAAACCAAACAAAUUACAGAUGCAGUAAAGAACCUACAUCUAACUCUUCAGGGACAAGUAGAGGCUAUGCAGCAAAAACGUGGCAUUCUUUUUGGGCCACCGACCCUGUGUCCAACCCCACUGUUUGGCCUGGGCCCACCUGCAAACUCCUUCAUUUUAUCGUCAGAAGGGCACACACUGCUUUUGCAAAGCUUGAUUGAGAAAGUGACUGAACUGUCCGCCUCUAUCUACCAUCUAAUAGAUAUCUAUUGUAGCAGCUUUUAUACAGAUUUUCAGCCUGUAAAUGCACCUAGAAGCACAUCCUCCGUGAAUCUUGGACUGGAUUCUCAUUUUAGCUUCACAGUGUAUGCAGCUCAUAACAUUCCAGAGACCUGGUUGCACAGCUACAAAACAUUUUCAUUUUCCUGUUGCCUUACAUAUGCUGGAAAAAAGCUUUGCCAAGUGAAAAACUACAGAAGUAUUCCAGUCAAAAAAUUAUUUUUCUUCUUGGUCAACUGGAAUGAAACAAUUCAUUUUCCUCUUGAAAUAAAGUCACUUCCAAGGGAAUCCAUGCUCACUAUAAAAUUGUUUGGAUUUGACUGCGCAACCAACAAUACAGAUUUAUUGGCCUGGACUUGCCUUCCACUGUUUCCAAAAGAAAAAUCUAUUCUCAGGUCCAAGCUAAUCAGUAUGACAUUACAGAGCGAGCCUCCCAUAGAAAUGAUAGCUCCAGGAGUUUGGGAUAUAAGUCAGCUCUCCUCAGUGACUCUGCAGAUUGAUUUUCCAGCAACCAGAUGGGAGUAUUUGAAACCUGAGUCUGAAGAAAAUAGAAGUAGUCUUGGAGAACCACACGAACAGUGCUUAAAACACAUUGCUAGACUUUCACAGAAGCAAUCUCCCUUGCUACUCUCGAAGGAAAAGAGAAGAUACCUAUGGUUUUAUCGCUUCUACUGCAAUAAUGAAAACUGUUCCCUUCCUUUGAUUCUGGGAAGUGCCCCUGGAUGGGAUGAGAGGACUGUUUCAGACAUGCAUAUCAUUUUAAAAUCCUGGACAUUUUCUCACCCAUUGGAAGCACUUGGACUUUUGACUUCCAGUUUUCCAGAUCAAGAAAUUCGUAAAGUAGCAGUUCAACAAUUAGACCGCCUCUUGAAUGACGAACUCUUGGAAUAUCUCCCACAGCUAGUUCAGUCCAUCAAGUUUGAAUGGAACCUUGAAAGUUCCUUGGUGCAACUCCUACUACAUCGCUCAUUGCAAAGCAUCCAGGUUGCUCAUCAUCUUUAUUGGCUGCUAAAGGAUGCACAGAAUGAAACUUACUUUAAAAACUGGUACCAGAAGCUGCUGGCUGCUCUCCAAUUUUGUGUAGGAAAAGCCUUGAAUGACGAGUUUUCCAAGGAAAGCAAACUUAUAAAAAUUUUGGGAAAUAUUGCAGAAAAAGUCAAGUCAGCCAGUGACCUUCAAAGACAGGAGGUGCUGAACAAAGAAAUUGAAAGACUUGAGGAAUUCUUUCAGCAUAUAAAUACUGGUAUUUGCUACCUUCCUCUGAACCCUGCCCUUUGCAUAAAAGGAAUUGAUCGGGGUGCUUGUUCAUAUUUCACAUCGAAUGCAUUGCCAUUGAAGAUUACUUUCAUCAAUGCUAAUCCAAUGGGCAAAAAAAUCAGCGUUAUUUUUAAGACAGGAGAUGAUCUUCGCCAAGAUAUGCUUGUUCUGCAAAUUAUUCAAGUGAUGGACAACAUUUGGCUGCAGGAAGGCCUAGAUAUGCAAAUGAUCAUUUAUAGAUGUCUAUCCACAGGAAAAGGCCAAGGAUUGGUGCAGAUGGUGCCUGAUGCUGUAACUCUAGCAAAGAUCCACCGUCACUCUGGACUUAUAGGACCACUGAAAGAAAAUACAAUCAAAAAGUGGUUCACUCAGCACAACCCUUUAAGGGCAGACUAUGAAAAGGCAUUGAACAACUUUUUCUAUUCCUGUGCUGGCUGGUGUGUGGUCACUUUUAUCCUGGGAGUCUGUGAUCGUCACAAUGACAAUAUUAUGCUGACAAAAUCAGGCCACAUGUUUCAUAUUGACUUUGGAAAAUUCUUAGGUCAUGCACAAACAUUUGGAGGGAUAAAAAGGGACCGAGCUCCUUUUAUUUUUACUUCUGAGAUGGAGUACUUUAUUACAGAGGGAGGAAAAAACCCACAGCAUUUCCAAGAUUUUGUGGAACUUUGUUGUAGAGCUUAUAAUACUGUCAGAAGGCACAGCCGACUGCUCUUAAAUCUGCUAGAAAUGAUGCUGCAUGCAGGAUUGCCUGAGCUAAGUGGAAUCCAAGACCUGAAAUAUGUAUAUGAUAACCUACGUCCACAAGACACAGAUUUAGAAGCAACAAGUCAUUUUACCAAGAAAAUAAAGGAAAGUCUGGAGUGUUUCCCUGUUAAAUUGAAUAAUCUGAUCCACACACUGGCACAAAUGGCAGCCACAAGCCCUGCCAAAUCAACUUCACAGACUCUUCUCCAGGAAUCCUGUACACUGAGUACAACCAGGUUAAUUCAAAGAGCAACGAUUUUAGGGUUCAGCAAGAAGCACAGUCAUGUGUAUCUAAUCCAGGUGAUUUCCAGUGACAAUCAAACAAGCCUGAUUGAAAAAUCAUUUGACCAGUUUUCAAAAUUCCACAACCAGCUUCAGAAGCAAUUUGCAUCAUUAACACUCCCAGAGUUUCCUCAUUGGUGGCACUUACCUUUCACGAAUUCAGACCACAAAAGAUUCAGAGAUUUAAACCAUUACAUACAACAGAUAUUAAAUGCAUCGGAUGAAGUUUCAAAUAGUGACUAUGUACUUAGCUUUUUCCUUGCUGAACCUGUCCAGCAGACAAUUGAAGAACCACCAUUUCUCAGCCUGGGUGAGAAGUUUGCUGACGAGAAGCCUACAGUGCAGUUGGUUAUUUCAUAUGAGGAUAGAAAGCUGACAAUACUAGUGAAACACAUGAAAAACAUUCAUCUCCCAGAUGGCUCUGUGCCCAGUGCACAUGUUGAAUUUUAUCUUUUACCAUAUCCCAGUGAAGUUCGCAGAAGGAAAACAAAAUCUGUUCCAAAAUGUACUGACCCCACUUACAAUGAAAUUGUGGUAUACAACGAAGUCACAGAGCUCCAAGGACAUGUCUUAAUGCUUAUUGUGAAGAGCAAAACCACAUUUGUGGGAGCAAUUAACAUCCAACUCAGUAGCGUCCCUCUCAAUGAAGAAAAAUGGUAUCCACUAGGAAACAGUAUAAUUUGA